AUGUCUCAAUCACAAGACGAGUUGCAGUCCAAACUGGGCGUUGAUACGCCGAUCAACGACUCCCUUUUCGAGGCGAAGGAGGAAAGCCCUCUUGCCGUCUUGCCCGAAAAGCAUUUCAAAGACUACAUUUCCAUUUCUGUGUUCUGCUUGUUUGUUGCCUUCGGUGGCUUUGUUUUCGGCUUCGACACUGGUACCAUUUCGGGUUUUGUUAACAUGUCAGACUUCACAACCAGAUUUGGCCAGCUCAAUGCUGAUGGAACUUACUACUUGUCCGAUGUCAGAACCGGUUUGUUGGUUUCUAUCUUCAAUGUUGGUUGUGCAGUUGGUGGAAUUUUUCUUUGCAAGAUCGCAGAUGUUUACGGCAGAAGAAUGGGUCUUAUGUUCUCGAUGGUUAUUUACGUUGUCGGUAUCAUUAUCCAAAUCUCGUCUACUACUAAGUGGUACCAAUAUUUUAUCGGUCGUCUUAUUGCCGGUUUAGCUGUCGGAACGGUUUCGGUUGUUUCUCCGCUUUUCAUUUCUGAGGUUGCCCCAAAACAGCUCAGAGGUACUCUUGUCUGUUGUUUCCAGUUGUGUAUUACCUUGGGUAUUUUCUUGGGAUACUGCACAACUUACGGUACAAAGUCUUACAGUGACUCCAGACAAUGGAGAAUUCCUUUGGGCUUGUGUUUUGCCUGGGCGUUGUUCUUGGUGGCUGGUAUGUUGAACAUGCCUGAGUCUCCAAGAUAUUUGGUGGAGAAAUCAAGAAUUGAGGAGGCCAGAAAGUCCAUUGCCAGAUCCAACAAGGUUAAUGAGGAGGACCCUGCAGUAUACACUGAGGUGCAACUCAUCCAAGCCGGAAUUGACAGAGAGGCUCUUGCUGGUAAGGCUUCUUGGGGCGAACUUAUCACUGGUAAGCCAAAGAUCUUGAGAAGAGUUAUCAUGGGUAUCAUGCUUCAAUCUUUGCAGCAAUUGACUGGUGACAACUACUUCUUCUACUACGGUACUACAAUUUUCCAGGCGGUUGGUUUGCAAGACUCUUUCCAGACCUCCAUCAUCUUGGGUAUAGUCAACUUCGCCUCGACCUUUGUUGGUAUCUAUGCCAUCGAGAGAAUGGGAAGAAGAUUGUGUUUGUUGACCGGUUCCGCCUGCAUGUUUGUUUGUUUCAUUAUCUACUCAUUGAUUGGUACCCAGCACUUGUACAAGGAUGGCUUUUCAAACGACCCUUCCAACACCUACAAGCCUUCAGGUGACGCAAUGAUAUUCAUCACUUGUCUUUACAUCUUUUUCUUUGCCUCGACCUGGGCCGGUGGUGUUUACUGUAUCAUUUCCGAAUCAUACCCAUUGAGAAUCAGAUCCAAAGCCAUGUCUGUGGCGACAGCCGCCAACUGGAUGUGGGGUUUCUUGAUUUCAUUCUUUACCCCAUUCAUCACGUCUGCCAUCCACUUUUACUACGGCUUCGUGUUUACUGGCUGCUUGUUGUUUUCGUUCUUCUACGUCUAUUUCUUUGUUGUUGAGACCAAGGGUCUUUCUUUGGAAGAAGUUGACAUUUUGUAUGCUUCCGGCACUCUUCCUUGGAAGUCAUCCGGAUGGGUUCCUCCUUCUGUGGAAGACAUGGCCAAAAACACUUUUGAAAGCAAGCCAACUGACGAGCACGUAUAA